AUGUACUCGUCCGCCAUCUUUUUUUCAUGUAACACUGACAUUCGCAUUUAUUCUAUUAUCUAUUCUAUCUAUCUAUCUAUAUCUAUCUAUCUAUCUAUCUAUCUAUCUAUCUAUCUAUCUAUCUAUCUAUCUAGGCUAUUAAUAUCUAUCUAUCUAUAUCUAUCUAUCUAUGCAUCUAUCUAUGCUAUGCAUGUUAUCUAUGCAUGCGUGCAUGUUACUGUUGUUAUGUCACUUGAUCGAUUUUUGUCUCUCGUUUAUUUUGAUGUUAAUUAUGAUUUGCUUGUCAACAUCACAAAUUUCUUCUUUAGUUUUGUUACUUCUUUAUUCUUUUUCUAUCUAUUCUGUUAUUUUCCUUUGUUUCUUUAUUUGAUUUUCGCUUUCUUUCUUUCUUUCUUUCUUUCUUUCUUUCUUUCUUUCUUUCUUUCUAAUCGAUUCAAUAUUCUUUGCCUUUCUUUCUAUUCUAUCUUAACUUUGUCUUUCCUUUUUUAUUAUUCAAUCUUUCUUCUUUUUUCUUCUUUUGUUCAUUUUCUUUUCUCGCCUGCUUAUUUGUUUCCGUUAGACGUUGAAUUAUGGGAAAUAUCCUGA